UCCCGCCCUCGAUUCGUCGAUUGAGUGUUGGUUCCUCCUACUCUCCACACGAUACCACCGCCAUAUCGCGCCGCGCAUGGACGUCCAUCUCAGCACCCUCGACGCUACGCUGGCCAGCAUAGCUCAGCUGCAGCGACACGUCUUGACGAACCCCAAACCGCAACCCUUCACCAACGCCUACCUCGCGCCAAUCGACGCGACGCUCCUCGCUAGCCCGCGCCCACCGCGCGACUUCAUCAGAGAAUGUGAUGCCUUUGAGCGCAGGCUCUUCCAUUUCCCCGCACCCGGUGGGAUGAUUGACGAUGGAUCCGACUCCUCGGCGGCCGACAGGAUGCAGCAGCAGCAUCGCGACGUGGAAGAGGAGGCGGCUGAUGUAGCUGCGGAGCUCGUGCCGAGGAAGCCAGAGAUCAGGACAGUCAGUGUGCCCACGCCGCUGCGACCCUCUGCGCAGGGAGGCGGCAAUCGCAACGGUGGUGCUAGAGGGUCGAAGCAGUACGAUGCGAGGGCAUCUCUCAUGGCGGCUCAGCGACUCAAUGACAACUACCAACGCGCCCCACGAGCGCGCAAGCACAUCCGCCACCUCCUCAAACGCAACACCGAACUCUCCACCGCUGCCUCAGCCCACACGGCUCAAGCUGCCAAGCUGGAAGACGUCCUAGCCCGUAUCGCGAGCGGCCAGGAUCCGAACACGAUGAUGGACGAGCUUUCUGCCCUCCUCGACGGGUCCAAUUCCAUCGACGCGCCCACCGCAACGUCGUCGACUUCCCAGGAUGACAAGGCAAAGAAGCGCAGAUUGAGGGAAAUGCGCGAGAAGCUGCAGACAGCGCGCGAGGAGCUGAAUCGCGAGGAAAUGGAGGUCCUGGCACUCGAAGAGAUGAGGGAGGACAUGCUGCGCAGACGCAAGGCAGUGAUGGCCAAGAAGGCGGGAGCAACGGGAGCGAGCGGACCGAGUACGGAUGCGCCAGGGAAGAGAGUGCCUCGGGUGGUAGCGGCAGCGCAGGCACAGGCAGCUGCAGCGGGAGCUUCUAAGCCUCGCACGUCAGCUGACGCGUCGACCUCAUCAUCACCCAAGGCAGCAAAGAGCACCGCUCCGCUCGGUCCCGGCGUUCGCAAGCUGGCAGCGAGCGCCCGAGGGCGACCCAGCGUGGCUCUGCCCCAAAGCAAGCCGGCAGAAAGCGCGAGCGCGAGCGCAAGUGCCAUCAGAAAACCCUCGACUACGCUGCGCAAGCCCUCUGCCGUCGGAGCAGGUCCGCGAGGCUCAGUUGUCAAGUCAGUAGAGCCUGCGCCGGCAGCGGCUGCUACGACCGACGAUACCCUGCAGCCCGAAGGCGGCCAUCACGAUGAUGGAGACGACGACAUUACGGUCCGUCUGAAGCCCGGCGAGUCGCAGGCACCCACGCAAGAAGAAGAGGCAGAGGCCGACGAGAGUCUCCUCCUCCCUCCCCCUACCACCACCACACCCGCAUCGACCGACCCCCUCUUCCGUGACCCUGAGUCCACGGACGAACUAGAGCGACUAAGCGAAAAAGUCUGGGACACCUUUGGCGAGCACCUCCGCUUCUUUGCUUCUCACCUCGAGUCGGCUGACGCGACGACCACGCUGGGCCUGUUGCGCAAGCUGCUGGGCGCUUCGACGCUCGAGGGUGCGGCGGGCGGUGCAGCAAGGGGAGGAGGGGGGGAUGACGGGUCCUCCGUCUCGUCAGGAGCGGCCACGAGCUCUAGUACAGCAAGCAGCAGUGCGGCUGGUACGGCUGUUGCUCCCCCUACGGUGCAGGCGCGUAUCACUGCUCUUACCCUGUUGCACCUCCUCACUUCCUCGGACGCGGAGCAGCCGCAUAGCGUUGAGUUCCCCCUGCUUAAGACGCGUGCGAGGCGGUGGUACGAGGACGAGGUGAGCGAGGAGGAGAGGCUGGUGCACCAGCGUGAGGAGGGUGGCGCAACGGAUGGGGAGGCUCUGGUUACUAAGGCGGUGUAUGCACUCGUGGCUAAGAAGCUGUUGAGGAUCAGGAGGAGUGGGGGAAUGGCGAGGGUUGGAUUCAGUUGAGCGCGGGCGCGCGUGCACGCGUGCGAGCAGGGAGGAGCGAGCGUGCUGUGGAAUCGAAUGUGAUAUCAGCGCGAAGGCGCAUCAG